UGUUAGAGUGAACUGAGUGUUGGACUUUUAAACUUUAAAGGUCCCUUGGCAGCUGAGUUAUAACAUUCAGCAAUCAACACGAUAGAGUACGUCUCAACCUAUUUGUGCUCAAGAGACAAGAAACCUUUAAUGAUGCAUACUUCUUUUUAAUUCUUGUUCCUCUGUGGAUAUUUAGAUGGGGGCUGCGAUUGCCAAACUUCUCCUUCCAACUAUCAGCAGCUUGGUCUUCCUCCCCAUCAUCACAAUUGCAGCGAAGCGGCGAUUCCACAUGGAGGCAAUGGUUUACUUCUUCACAAUGUUUUUUAUUGCGUUUUUCCAUGCUUGCGAAGGUCCUGGCCUGACAAUUUUGUGUAUCAUGCGGCAUGACGUUCUGCAGUAUUUCAGCAUUUAUGGCACUGCUCUAUCCAUGUGGGUCACUUUAUUAGCAUUGGCUGAAUUUGAGGAACCAAAAAGGUCUACCUUGGUUAUAUUUGGAGUGCUGACAAUGAGUGUGCGUAUUUAUCAAGAUCGAUGGGGCUACGGAGUCUACUCUGGACCAAUUGGAACAGCUGUCUUCAUAAUAACUGUCAAAUUUUUGAAAAAGAUGAAAGACAAAAAAGGCCUUUACCCAGAUAAGAGCAUCUACACACAACAAAUCGGCCCUGGCUUCUGCUUUGGAGCUCUUGCUUUGAUGCUCCGAUUCUUCUUUGAGGAAUGGGAUUAUAAUUACGUACACAGCUUCUACCAUUGCAGUUUGGCUGCCUCCUUUAUCUUACUUCUUCCGAAGAUUAACUCACAAGCAGGAAAUGGAGGAAAUCCAGUAAAACUAAGUUGCUGUACACUCUGCUGCGUUUGAAAAUGGUAACAAUUCUGUCUUCCAUUAUAACAUAUUUCUACAAUCCAUUCCUUUUUAAAUGACACUGUAUAUGCACUCAAUGAUACGACAUUAGAGUUCUGUAUCAUACCUCCAAACUGAUUUGAAGUGUUCAAAAUAUAUCAUGAAAUCUUACUGUUAUAUCACAUUAUCAACUAUGAGUUUGUUAUUCUAAAUGAAUGAUUGAUUGUAAAUGUGUAGAGACAUAAAAAAUAGUGAGAUAAGAAAAGCAAUAGGUGCUUUAAAAGGUGAGGUGUUACUGUGAGCAUAUAUUCCAAGACAUCCCAAAGAAGCUUUCAACAUGUUCAAUGGGUAAUUGCACCAUUUGAUAUCGCACAUAUACAAUUAAAUAAAUCCAUGUUCUUUGCCAAAUAGAAGUAAGAGUCAAGGGAAGCUGAUACAGAAUUGGUUAUUAUGCUUAAAUUAUCUAUCUAUUGAUGCACUGCUGAAAGUGUAUGUGGAUGUUAACAUUAAUACAAUUUGCUCAUUACUAUUGGAUUAAGAAGGGGAAUGAAAUAGUCUGCUAAGAGUCGCUAACUACAUAUAUUGAUAGCCACUUGGAAAAUAAACACUUUCGAUAAGCGAUGAUAAGCAGAAUUUUCUGUGCAGAAACAGGCCAUUCAGUCAAGUGAUCUAUGCAGGAUUGAUGCUCCAUAUGAGCCUUCUGCCACCAAUUAUAUCUGAUUCUAUCAGCAUUUUCUUUUCUCUCUUACUCAUUUAAUUAAUUUUAAUGUGUAUCCAUCAGGUAAAAAGGAAAUAAUAGAUGGGUUAACAGUUAAGUUCCAUUAGAUAGAACAAAUCUUAUUUAGAUUAGAAUAGAGUUGCAGGUAUAUAUCAAGACAUAACAAGGUUAAAAGUAAAACUACUGCCAACCACUUAGCGGUUUCUUAGUUUAGUUGAGAGAUACUGCAUGGAAAUCGGAGCACCUGGAGGAAACCCAUGCGGUCACAGGGAGAACAUGCAAACUCCAUACAGACAGCACCCAAGAUCAGGAUUGAAUUUGUUUUUUUUUAAAUGUUGUAAUAAGUGUUAAUAUUUCAGUCUUGUAUGCAUGGAAUUAGAGAUGUGUUAAAUUGAUACUUUUGCCUAUUUCUUGACUUUUAAAACAUGAUCCUCAAAUCAAGGAUUUAUUUGUACUCAUGAAUUAAUAUAAGAAUGUUUUAUGUCUAUGCGUGACUUAAAAUUAAUUCCAUAACUCAGGAGAUUGAAAAUAAAAGAUAAUUAGGAAAAUUACGUUUUCAUUGAGCACAUCUUUUGCACAAUCACAUCCUUCGAUGGACAUCAGAUUCGUUGUGAAGCCCCUCCAGGCUAAUUCUGUGAUGACACUCUCAUUGAUCACCAUUUGAGCACUCACUUUGGGUGGACACUCAUGCUGAGCUUGUCUUUGAGAAUAUCUGUGUCAGAUGAGCACCCACAUUGAACCUGAAGAUGGGCAUCCUUAUCAUUCAUUUCGGAACAGGUUCAUUCAAACAUCUGCCAUUAAUUUGGCAGAAAAUUAGCAAAGCACAGAGUAAAGGGCUGUAACAUCUAUUGAAGUCACUACAAUGUCAGCAGAAUGUCACAAGAGCUUGUAUGUAUUUUCUUUCAGCACAGAAUCUAACCUCUAGAAUCUGCAUUGCAAUAUUUUAUGAAUAAAUUGUUCUGUGUCAUCUUUA